UGGAUAGAAGUCCUGAUGGUGCAUUAGUCUCUGGGACAGGGAAGUCAAGAUAAGCAAUCAAGCCUCGGACAAUUUGAAACACCCGAGACAUCUGUCUCACACGUUCCAAUCCAUGUCUGAUGUUGUCUCAGAUCCUCGAGUUCAUUGUUUACCGGGACCCGCGGACUCGGGCUCGGGGCACGUGCGCGGGGAUCAACGGGCGAUGUGUUAUUUUCGCGACCACCAAGAUUCCCUUCUCUCCUCCAGCUCCCCGCCGCAAACACCUCCAAUUCCUCGACACCGGCUCAAUUGACCAUGAGCGCCACCAAAAAGGACCCCGAGCUGGCCAGCGACAUCACCUGGAUCGAGACUCCAGCUCCGGCGCCCGCGAAAUUCGCCACGGGCACCGAGUCCGGAAUUCCCGCGACCAAUGCUGCAGCCAUCAACAAUCCGCCUCUGGCAGCCGACGGCCCCGGAAACGAGAGCUUCUCCAACUACGCGCUGGGCGGCGUGCUGGUCGGGGUUCCGGCGGUGAUCACGUACAAGCUGGGCGGUGGGCUCAAGACGUUUGUGUUUCUGGCGCUGCUUUCUGCCCUGCCCAUCCUCGUCGCGUUCUGGACCUACGCCUCCACUUUUAGCCCGCGCACCAACGAAAAGGUCAAGUUGCCCGGUCGCCCGGUCGAGCACUACAUCACCUUCAAGCGCGACGAGCACCGCGCCAAAUGGCACGGGUCCAACAAGGUUCCGCUCCAGACUUUUGCGGAAAUGUACCUGGACGGUCUGGUGGAGUUUAACGGCGAUGUUCUCGAGGUGCUGGAGUACCGCCAUGAUUGGGCGACGUUCGCCUUCACCUGGGACCUGUUCAAGUUCAUCGUCGGCACCUUCUUUGUCGACGUCGUCUUCCACACCAAGGCCCAGGACGAAGAGCAGAUCCGGCCCAACUACGAUAGCGGCAACGACCACUACGCCUGGUUCCUGGGCCCGCGCAUGAUCUACACCUCGGGCAUCAUCUCCGACCCCGAGCGCGAAGAAUCCCUCGAGGAAAUGCAGGACAACAAAAUGGCCGUCGUCUGCGAGAAGAUCGCGCUGAAGGACGGCGAAACCAUGCUCGACAUCGGCUGCGGCUGGGGCACGCUCGCCAAAUUCGCCAGUCUCAACUACGGCGCCAAGGUCACGGGCGUCACCAUCGCCGAGAACCAGACCGCGUGGGGCAACGACGCCCUCCGCAAGGCCGGCAUCCCCGAGGACCAGAGCCGCAUUCUGUGCAUGGACUACCGCGAUAUCCCCAAACAGCAGUUCGACAAGAUCACCCAGCUGGAGAUGGGCGAGCAUGUGGGCAUUCGUCGGCUGACGGGCUUCUUUCGCCAGUGCUAUGAUAUGCUCAAGGAUGAUGGCGCCAUGUACGUGCAGCUCUCGGGGCUGCGUCAGGCGUGGCAGUAUGAGGAUUUUAUCUGGGGGCUGUAUCUGAACAAGUAUAUUUUCCGUGGCGCGGACGCUUCAACUCCGCUUUGGUACUAUGUCAAGUGUUUGGAGGCUGCUGGGUUUGAAAUCAAGGGGUGAGCAUCGCAAUCUCCUCAAGCUGAUCAAAACUAACAUCACCAGAAUCGACACCGUCGGUGUCCACUACUCCGGCACCCUCUGGCGCUGGUACCGCAACUGGGUCGGAAACGUCGAAGCCGUCACCGCAAAGUACGGUCCGAGAUGGUACAGGAUCUGGGAACUCUUCCUCGCCUGGUCCGUCAUCGCCUCGCGCCAGGGCUCCGCGACCUGCUACCAGAUGGUCGUCGUCAAGAACCUCAACUCGACCCACCGUGUCCUCGGUAUCCCAACGCAGUACGGGCUCACUGGUGCGCUGGAGGCGAGUCGGAGGGCCGGCAAGUCGCGUCUGCCUUAGACGGUUGCUUGAGGUAGGCUUCCUGUGCGACGUCGUUGCGGGUUCGGUGAUGGGACUCGUGGUGACAAGCAAGACGAGCGUAGUGUCAUACAUAUGAUGACUGCACACAGCAACUAAAAGAACGAACGAUGGACGACGGGCGAUGACAGAUAGAUUUACAUAGCCGGUUUGAUGGGUCAUGGACGUGGGGACUCUCGGAGGACGACGGGCAAAGUUGGCUCUUCGCUCCUCUUCGCUCACGAGAGAUUCAAGUUGAGAUGGAGAGGCAGCCGCGGAACUGAAAGACACUCGGUGUCGGUGUUUUUCAAAAAGCAGGCUUAAAACAAGACAAGUGACUUAUGUUUGAAAAUUACAUAGAAACCUUAGACGAAAAUAAUGGACCGAUUCGGAUACAUUGACGUCGACUUUGACC